CAUCAGAGCAUCUGCAGCAUCUCUGCCUCUCGGGUCUAACCACACACGUAGUGCGUUAACAAGAAGAAAAAACAAAACACAAAACAAAAUGUUCAAAUCCGUAGUAUUCUGCACCUUGGUGGCCUCGGCCUUGGCCAUCCCGGCCCCGAGCGCCAGCCACAACUGCAACGAGUCCGACGACAUGCUCAGCUGCUACGCCGUCAAAGCCAUCACCUCCCUCGACAGAGCGUCCAGAUCGGCCGACAUCAAUCUCAUCGAUGGCGUCAGCUUCGUCAGAGAAGGCCCAGUCGAGCGCACCUCCAGAGCUCUGAAAUCCGAAUCGGAAGUCAUGUCCGGACUGCCAACCGACUACGUCGAGAAGACACUGGCCCUCGCCACCAUGAUGUACGAGAACGCCGCCAACUUCCUCAAGAGCCACAGCUUGAAGCUCAACAUCCCAGACAUGGCCGCCGCCGGACGCAGCUUGGGUCUCGAAGAAGCCUUCUCUUCUACCCAUACCCCAGGUAAGAAAAACAAGAAGGUCCUCAUGCCCCUGAUGGCCGCAGCCGGUGUCAAGCUCCUGGCCCUCGCCCCACUGCUGCUGGGCGGUCUCGUCAUCCUCGUCACCAAGGCCGUCGUGGUGAGCAAGGUCGCCCUCCUCGUCGCCGGUAUCCUCGCCUUCCAGAAAUUCUUCGGCGCCGGCUCGGGCCACUCCGGCUUCGGCGGUCUGUUCGGCAAGACCCAAACCGGAUACGCCCCGGCUCCAGUUUACGAUGCCCCGGCCGGUUCCUACGGCGCCCCCGUCCAACAGGGCGGCUACAACUACAAGAGGUCCUUCGCCGAGAAGCAGGAGGCUUCGGCCCAGCAGCUCGCGUACAGCGCUCAAGCACCCAACGCCGACUCGCACUAA